CUCUAAAGCACCCUGGAAGUCCUAUCUUAGUAUUUGCCAUUUGAUUGUAUGCUCUGCCCUCCUUUCACAGCUUGGUAACCUGGAUCCUCUCCUCACCCUCCAUUCCUUUUCCUGAACACUACCCUCUGAACUGCCACAGAAAAUGGGCCAAUUCAGCCUUUUCCUCCUGGCCCUAAGGUUUACCCCUCUCCUAUACCCCAGCAGUUCCUCAGGUACCCCAAAUAGCACUCGUGCCCUUCUUAGCUCAACCUUGGCCUCACUCCUGCUUUUAAAUGGAUCCAGCUUCCACCAAUAGGCAGAGAUUCCACAAUCCCUAGUCAACCCCUAAUCUAGGUUGGGUCCAGCUAACCCCCCAAUAAACCAAGAGCCAGGUUCCACCUUCUUAUAAGUCUGGCCAUGACUGGAGCCUGCCCUCCUGGUAGACAUUUAAUUUCUGCCCCGAAACGUUCUUUUGCACGUCUGGCAGCUCUCCAGCUUUCCUACCUCUGCUGCGUUCUAAAUACGACUUUUCUAGCCAAUCGCCAUACAGUUACCCUGCCCGCCUACGCAGACCCGGACCCAACCCUCUCUUUGCUGGCUUCUACGCCCAUUUCUAUAUAAGUCCUGCUUCCGCCAAGCGGCGUGGCGUGCAGCAGCGCCUGCUCGGUGUUUUGGCAGCUGUCUAGAAGUCUCAUCCGCCAAUCUGCGGAAUAUCAGACCCACCCACUUUAGGCUGUAUGCCAUCAAUCCCGUUUAGGCCAAUCAGCCUGAGGCUGGCUCCCCCAAAUCUUGUCAAUUGCCCAUGGCCUAUCAGUCUUGAGCCAAUCAGCACUGAGUGCCCGCGAGACCAAGCACAUAUUCUCCAGACUCAAACGACAAUCCGCUGUCCGUCUUUAGCCUUUAAGCCAGUCACAGCACAGCCCUGUGAAGUAGGACCCGCCUUUCCAAGCCAGAAGCUGUGCAGUAGAGCUGUGGCUGUUUGGCCAAUCAGCGAGCGGCGGGACGUUCGUCUCCUCCCCCAUGGGCCCACGUGAGCCGUGGGGAAAGGCAGGGGCGGCUUCUAGGUGCUGCCGCCACCGCCGCCGCCGCCGCCGCCUCGGAACCCGGGCCUGGGGGGCGGUGGGGCCGCGUAUGGAGCCCCCGCCCCCCGGAGCUGCUAACAACGCCGCCGCGCCACGCACAGGUACCCCUGGGAUGGCGUGAGCGCUCCCCCAGCGAUGGACCCAUCUGUGACGCUGUGGCAGUUUCUGCUGCAGCUUCUGAGAGAGCAAGGCAAUGGUCACAUCAUCUCUUGGACUUCGCGGGAUGGUGGUGAGUUCAAGCUGGUGGACGCAGAGGAGGUGGCCCGGCUGUGGGGGCUGCGCAAGAACAAGACCAACAUGAAUUACGACAAGCUCAGCCGGGCCUUGCGGUACUACUAUGACAAGAAUAUCAUCCGCAAAGUGAGUGGCCAGAAGUUUGUCUACAAGUUUGUGUCCUACCCUGAGGUUGCAAGGUGCUCCACAGAGGACUGCCUGCCCCAGGCUGAGGUAUCUGUAGCCUCCGCUGUGGCAAAUGUGGCCCCUGCUGCUGUACAUGCUGCCCCAGGGGACAUUGCCUCCGGAAAGUCAGGCACACCCAAGGGUGCAGGAAUGGCAGGCCCAGGCGGUUUGGCACGCAGCAGCCGGAAUGAGUACAUGCGCUCUGGCCUCUACUCCACCUUCACCAUCCAGUCCCUGCAGCCACAGCCACCCCCUCAUCCUCGGCCUGCCUCGGUGCUUCCCAACACCACCCCUGCAGGAGCAGCAGCACCUCCCUCCGGCAGCAGGAGCACCAGUCCGAACCCCUUGGAGACCUGCCUGGAUGCAGAAGAAGCUAGCCUGCCUCUGCAGGUCAUCCUGACUCCACCUGAGGCCCCAAACAUGAAAUCGGAAGAACUGAAUGUGGAGCCAGGUUUGGGCCGGUCACUGCCCCCAGAAGUGAAAGUGGAAGGGCCCAAGGAAGAGUUGGGAACUGCAAGAGAGGUGGGGUUUGUGCCAGAAGCUGCCAAGGCUGGGCCCGAAGCCCCUCCUGCAGAGGGCAUGCCAGCCCGGAUGCCCACUGUUGUUAUGGAGACUACAGCACAGGUGGGUGGCCUUGCAGCCUCCACCACUGAGAUCACCCAGCCACAGAAAGGCCGGAAGCCCCGGGACCUGGAACUUCCGCUCAGCCCAAGCCUGCUGGGUGGACCAGGACCCGAACGGACUCCAGGAUCAGGAACUGGCUCUGGUGUGCAGGCACCUGGGCCAGCACUGACGCCAUCCCUGCUACCUACGCAUACAUUGACCCCGGUGCUGCUGACUCCCAGCUCGCUGCCCCCCAGCAUUCACUUCUGGAGCACCCUGAGUCCUAUCGCACCCCGAAGCCCAGCCAAGCUCUCCUUCCAGUUUCCGUCCAGUGGCAGCGCCCAGGUGCACAUCCCUUCCAUCAGCGUGGAUGGCCUCUCGACCCCCGUGGUGCUCUCCCCAGGGCCCCAGAAGCCAUGACUACAACCACCACCACCCCUUUCUGGGGUCACUCCAUCUGUGACCCUGAACUUCUCUCCAGCCAGCAAUCUCAAGGAGAAACAUAGUUCAACUGACAGACUCAAGCUCUGGUUGUGGUGGGGUGGGGAUUCCUGGGAAGAAGGAUCUCUCACUAACUCCUUCACCAAAACCCCACAACCUCUCUCUCCUUUGUCAGUCCCCCAGUGGCCGCCCUUACACGUCUCCUACUUCAGUGGUAGGGGCGGUUUAUUUAUUUAUUUUUUGAAGGCCACUGGGAGGAGCCUGGCCCAACCCUUUUAGGGGGGUGGUUAAGACAUCUCCCCCAUCUCCCUACUUUUUUCCCUAAGACAAGACAAUCGGGGUCUGGCUUGAGAAGGACCUUUCUUUAUUUAUUUCUCAGCCUGCCCCUGGGGAGAUGAGGGAGCCCUGUCUCCAUUUCGGGGUGUGGAUAGUAGAGCUAGUUUGUUUUGUUUUAUUAUUCCUGGCCAUACCCAAGGGUCCAGGAAGAAUUUAUCCGCUUUAAUGGUUUGGGAGUCUUGGCCAAGAAAGGAUCACACCCUUGAAAGAGGAAUUUCCACCUCCUCAACCUUUCUCUCAGACAGCUUGUUCUUUAUUCAACCAACAUUUUGGCCAGGGAGGAACACCCCUUUUGUUGUUCUCCCCCCUGAGAAGCCAUUCCUUUGUCUGCCAAACUCCAUGGGGUCCUGCCGGUUACCUCCCAAUGGAGGGUUUUUUUGGGAGGUGGUCCCCGUCUGGGGGGCCCCUCCAACCAGUACUCCAAGUUUCCCUGUCUUUCACCCCCUGCCAUUUUGAUAGUAUAAUCUAUUUUUAAAUGGGGCUUUUCAAUAGGGGAGAGGGAGGCAUCUCUUCCUAUAUCU